CCUAAAUCGUGUUCUCUUCGAUUCUGGGUUCGUUGAAUGCGGCUUCAAGCUUUUCGCUCUUUGCCCUCUUUGCCCUCUUUGCCCUCCAUCAUACUACUGCUCCCUCUUUGCCCUCAGGGUCUUCCAAAACUAGCUGAAGACAUUCCCCAAAUCGGUCAAAAUUGGAAAGUUCAUUCCAAUUCUCGAUAUUCAAAGCUUUGUUGUUUUCAUUGAUGGGUUUGCCGAGGUUUGGGCGUCCCAAGAAUGGUGUUGAACUGAGUCCAAACCUGUAUGUGGCAAAUUGUGGACCUGCUGUGGGGAUCUCCCAUGAUGACAUUGCAUCUGUUUUCUGCAAAUUUGGGGAGCUCAAAGGGGUUUAUGCAGCUGAUGAGAGUGGCACACGUGUCAUUGUGUCUUUCUCUGAAGAGGGUUCUGCACAAUCUGCAUUCAAGGCAUUAGAUGGAACCCCAUGUCCUGAACUCGGAGGAAGGUCCUUGCAUAUUCGUUAUUCAGUGAUUCAGCCAACUCCAAAGGAUGAAGUUAGUGACAUGGUUCCAGUAUCUAUUAAUGCAUCGGAAUUGAGUAUUCCGGGACUUUACCUAGUGCACAACUUCAUUAGCGCUAAAGAAGAAGAGGAAUUACUCCAAGCUGUUGACAGUCGGCCUUGGAACAGUCUUUCCAAAAGAAGGGUUCAACACUAUGGUUAUGAAUUUCGUUACGAUAUUAGGAAUGUUAAUACAAGGCAUUGCUUAGGUGAGCUUCCAUCUUUUGUUUCUCCAAUACUUGAAAGAAUCUCAUCAUGUCCAACUUUCAAGAGUGCUGAACAUAUUGUUUUGGACCAACUUACUGUAAAUGAGUAUCCUCCUGGGGUGGGCUUGUCCCCCCAUAUAGAUACCCAUUCAGCAUUCGAAGAUUUAAUUUUCAGCCUUUCAUUAUCAGGGCCUUGUAUAAUGGAGUUCAGAAAAUAUGAAAAUGGUGAUUGGCAUACUAAAGUUGCCUCAAGUGCUGUUUCAGAAGGAGGAAGUCCGGAAGACGAUUCAAAUUUUUUAAGGAAGGCUAUCUAUCUACCCCCUCGAUCUUUGCUACUCUUGUCUGGAGAAGCACGUUAUGCAUGGAACCAUUAUAUUCCACACCACAAGAUUGACAAAGUGAACGGCAGAGUCAUCAGAAGGGCAUCAAGAAGGGUCUCUUUCACAUUUCGAAAGGUUAGAACAGGUGCAUGCGAAUGUGAAUUCCCUCAGUAUUGUGACUCCCAACGAUAAUGUUUAUUAAACUACUCUUCCACCUUAACUCAUGACAACACGACAACACUUUAGAAGACUCAUCCUGUUGCUCAAUCUCCUCAAUUCUUUCACCAAUUAAUCUUGCUUCAUCAUUGAUAUAGGAGCCAUCUUUUUUUUUUGUGCACUUUGAUCCAUAACUCUCCUCUACCAACUCUUCUCCCUUGUUCUUCCGACUCUUCUUCCAUCCGCCGUACAAAGCUUUUCGAACCACCAAUGUGGGUAUAUAGUUGCUUUGAUCGAUUAAUCGCAUUUUUCCUGCACUUCUCCUUUGUCUCGACUUCGGCGGGCGCGACAGUUAAGGAACCAUCUCCAAUGCUCUCGAUCAAUUCCCGGCGGACGUUGUUCAUUGUUUCUUCAGUCAUAAAUGUUGGCUCGUAAAAAGCAUCGUACACCUCAGUCUUGCUUCCUUCCAAGACUUCCCCAUACUUUUCAAAAUAUUUUUCUUGAUAGUUCCUUUAUUAUCUUCAUCAAAGUGGAAAAUUUGCUUGAUGCAUUCGUUAUAAACCUUGUCUUUAGUGGUAAUCAUACGCCAACUUUUCUCACAUAUAGGAAAUUUUCCAUAGUCAGAUCCCAGCAGACCAAGCACGCCACUCAACAGUCCAGCUUCGUCUCCAAUUGCUUGUUUUACACUUUUGAACCUGAGUACGAUCUUCCUACUGUUAGGCCGUUCCAUAGCCUUCCUCACGCUUAGUCUUGCCGGCUUGAUCGUGCCGUUAGAAUUGCCCAAAACUCUGUAGUCUUGCGUCUUGGGCAAUUCUGACCAAGCCGGAAAGACUAAGCGGAGGCUAUGUAACGGCCUAACGGUAGGAAGAUCGUGCUCAGGUUCAAGAGUGCAAAGCAAGCAAUUGGAGACGAAGCUGGACUGUUGAGUGGCAUGCUUGAUGAAGAUAGUGAAGGAACUAUCAAGAAAAAUAUUUUGAAAAGUAUAGGGAAGUAUUGGAAGGAUCUCCCAUGACUAGGCUGUAAAUGCCAAGGCUUGUACGAUGCUUUUUACAAGCCAACAUUUACGACUGAAGAAACAUUGAGCAACGUCCGCCGGGAAUUGAUCGAGAGCAUUGGAGAUGGUUCCUUAACUGUCGCUCCCGCCGAACCUGAGACAAAAGAGUACAGAAAAAACGCGAUUAAUCGAUCAAAGCAACUAUAUACCCACACUGGUGGUUCGAAAAGUUUUGCACGGCGGAUGGAAGAAGAGUCAGAAGAACAAGGGAGAAGAGUUGGUAGAGGAGAGUUAUGGAUCAAAGUGCACAAAAAAAAAGAUGGCUCCUAUAUCAAUGAUGAAGCAAGAUUAAUUGGCGAAAGAAUUGAGGAGAUUGAGCAACAGGAUGAGUUUUCUAGAGUGUUGUCAUGGGUGGGUGGAAGAGUAGUUUAAUAAUGUUUUACCAAGGGAAGGAGAAAGCUUACAACAUAACGCAUCAAAUAUCUAUGACAGUGAGAGUUGCAAGGCGUGUAAACCGAGAUGUUCAUCCUGCUGAUGAAAUGUGGUUUCACUCGAACGGACCGAUAUUACAUAACAAUAUGAUGGGGUUAUUCUGGAAGACCAUGAUUCUUUAUUUUUAGCAAAGUUUAUUUUUCAUAUCUUUCUCUGCUCCAAAAUAUUGUACCAAAAUACAUUUGGGUGGUGGAUAAUACUCUCUUACUGAUUUCACAAUUUGCACUGGCAAUUUAGAAAAGCGAUUUAUGAACGUGAA